CGCUCACCUGAAAUUCCGCGAGUGCGUUUUGGACACGACGCCCCUGAAGUGUGAUGACGUUAGCUUGUCCUCGGCAGACAAGACCGUAACGCAGUUUACAAGGGAAAUGUUAGAUCGAGCCCUUGGUUUUCUGCUUAAAGAAUGCAAGCACUUUGUACCCAACAACCGCGACUGCCCGAGGUCCUCCCUUGGCGUUCACCACGGGAACGCAGGGGGUGCCAACGCCUACGGCAACGGCGGCAACGAGGACAAUUACAAUGGAUACAACGACAAUCAACUACACCCUGACGCCACAACCAACCGUCCCUCAAACACUUUUCCUUUCACUACUUCAUCGACUUCUCGCUUCACCUGGACAACCAAGGGCAUACCUGAUGGAGUUACGCCUACUGCUGAUUUUUCUGGAAACUUCCUUGACGGCGCUGAGAGCCAGCAGUACAGGGGAGCUGGGUCUACCUUCUUGCCUUGUCUCAGCAUUCAGGUUGCCCUGGUACUCUCCUGGGCACUAGCUGUGAGAUUAUAUUAGGACUCGCCGAGUGAAGGCACAAUCUUAGCACCUGGGUUUAGCAACAGAAUCGACCGCUAAGCAAUAAAUUGCUGAUAAGGCGAGGAAACCUGUACGAGGCCUUGGGGACGCGGUGAAAUGUUUGUGCCUUAAACGUAUUUGUUUUGAAAAAAAAAAAAAUGAAAUGGAAACAUACAAUAUACUGUUGAGCCUAUACUUGUACGAUAUAAUGAAAUCAAGAUUCAUUUCUCUCUCUUCCUCUUUCUCUCUCUCUCUCUCUCUCUCUCUCUCUCUCUCUCUCUCUCUCUCUCUCUCUCUCUCUCUUCUCUCUCUCUCUCUCUCUCUCUCUCUCUCUCUCUCUCUCUCUCUAUCUAUCUAUCUAUCUAUAUAUCCCUAUUUAUUUAUCUCUCUUUAUCUAUCUAUCUAUCUCUAUUUAUCUCUAUCCAUCUAUCUAUCUCCUUUUAUCUCUAUCUAACUAUCUAUCUCUCUAUCAUACUGUACAACUAGGGAUAUUUUCGGUGGUCCAGCUCAUGCUUUGUAGAAAUCUAUGCACCUCGUGUGGUUAUUGGGAAACAUAGUAAUUUUUAUAUACAUCGGUAGAUCACAAAUGGAAGUAGCUCACCUGCAUACAGUAUGGCUUCCAAAAUAAACGUAUUAAAAAAAUGUGAGAAAUGAUUAACAUGUGUAUGGACGUUUCUGGCAAAGAUUUAAAUUAUUCUAAAUGACAGUUUUUAUGUUUGCUUCUUAUUUGAGUUACAAUGAUGUAUUCUUGCCCAUACAGCCUAAGUUUUUUGUAUACAACAAUUUUAUGAUAUUGUCGAUAGAAAAGAUAUGCUUUGGAUAUAUAUUUUGUAUGUACAUUGAUUUUACCCAAAAAAGUAUGAUAAUUGAAGUAGAAGUAUUACGUGUGAACUGCUUACUUACAAUCCUUCCUACAGAUCCAUAAAAGCGAAGGGGUGUGCAGUUCGUAAUGUUUUCAUUUAGGAUAUCUUAUAAUAAAAAAAAAAAAAAAAACUUUUUAAACAUGUCUCUUUCCAUCAUUUCCUUGGAAUGUCUAGACCCUUCCAUGAGCUUCAUUUUUUUUUUAUCGAAGAUUAAUAGUAAUUUAGUAACUGUAGUUGUGACAAAUAUCAAGGCGUAGGUUAUGGACGCACACACGCAAAUGAAUGUAAUUUUGUACGACAGUCUAGUCAUGUUAUGGAAGACUAUUUGUAAUCAGAAGUCGUCUUUUCCCGAAAUUGUAGGAGAUUUAUGCACAGGUUUUGCCAAGUAAAAUUUGUUUUGUAAGUAUACACAAAAAAUAAAUAAAUAAAUAAAUA